CUGGCAGUGGUUGAGGCCCGGCUAGCUGUGGUUGAGGCCCUGUUAGCAGUGGUGGAGGCCUUGCUGGUGGUAGUUGAGGCCCAGCUGGCAGUGGUUGAGGCCCGGCUAGCGGUGGUUGAGGCCCUGUUAGCAGUGGUACAGGCCUUGCUGGUGGUGGUUGAGGCCCAGCCGGCGGUAGAUGAGGCCCUGUUGGCAGUGGUAGGAGGCCGGCUAGCGAUGGUUGAGGCUCGGCUAGCUGUGGUUGGGGCCCUUCUAAAGGUGGUUGAGGCCCUGUUGGCAACUGUGGUAGCCCUACUAGCGGUGGCUGAAGCCUGGCUGGCGGUGUAUAGGGCCCGGCUAGCUGUGGUUGAGGCCCUGCUAGUGAUGGUUGAGGCCCAGGUGGCGGUGGUUGAGGCCCGGCUAGCUGUGGUUGAGUCCCUGCUAGCUGGGGUUGAAGUCUGGCUAGCGGUGGUUGGGGCCCAGCUAGCCGUGGUUGGAGCCUAG